GGUUCCAGCCGGAAUUGACCAUCAUCCCCGCCAAACCAACACCCUGCCGCCGUCAGCACUAGGACACCUACUUGUGCUGCCUUCCUACCACCCGGUCGGCUUUUUGAUGCUAGUUCAUGCCCGCCGACAGCUACGGAUCUUGCAUCCCCCCGCUGCCUUCGUCAAGAUGCCCUCUCCGGGCCCCGCAAAGCGCCGUGCCAGCAACACCACAGUCUCCCCGCCACCCAUAAAGCGCAAGGCCCAAACCACAAUAUCUAAGGGCGCGGUCGCCUCCUUCUUCACCCCCGCAUCCCAGAAACCAAAGGACCGCACGGCCUGGUCCGACCGCGCCCCGACCGCCGACAGCGACAAGGCCGUCGCCACGCUACUGGUGGCACGAUACGUUCCGGAGGGCACCCCCGACAACGAGCCUCGCUCGAAGCGCCGCAAGAUCGCCGCUUUCGACCUCGACUCGACCCUGAUCACCACCGCCUCGGGCAAGAAGUUUGCCAGCGGCCCUAACGACUGGAAGUGGUGGCAUCGUUCGGUCCCGUCCAAGCUGCAAAGCUUGUACAACGAUGGAUACCGAGUCGUCAUCUUGUCAAACCAGGCCGGCCUAACACUCCACCCAGACCCCAAGGCCAAGGGACCGGCCAAAGGCGCCGGGGUGAAGCUGGAUCAAUUCAAGCAAAAGUGUAGCUCGGUGUUCGCACAGCUCAACCUACCCAUCACUCUUUACGCCGCCACGGCCAGGGACGUGUUCCGCAAGCCGCGCAUCGGCAUGUGGACCGAAAUGCUGGAAGACCACCGCCUAGACCUUGCCGACGUCGAUCUGGAGCACAGCAUCUUCGUAGGCGACGCGGGCGGCCGGACCGCGCAGCUCGUCAAGGGCGCCAAGCCCCUGCCCAAGGACUUUAGCUGCUCGGACCGAAACCUCGCCCACAACAUCGGCAUCCCUUACCAGACCCCUGAGGAGUACUUUCUCGGCGAAGAGCCGCGCCAAUUUGCCCGCGAAUUCGACCUCGCCCACCACUACUUCCCCAAGGAUGCGUCCGAGGGCGGCAAGGAAGCCGAGGGGUGUCUGUUCGAGCGCAAGAACGACAAGGACAUUGUGCUUUUCUGCGGGCCGCCUGGGGCAGGGAAGAGCACGUUUUACUGGAAGCACCUUGAGGGCCUUGGGUAUGAGAGGGUCAAUCAGGACAAGCUGAAAACCAAGGAGAAAUGCCUCGCUGCCGCCUCAGACCUGGUCCAGGAAGGCCGCUCUGUCGCGGUUGAUAGCACGAAUCCCGACCCUGAGACCAGGGCGCAGUGGGUCGCGCUAGCCAGGAAGCGGGGGGUGCCGAUCCGAUGCGUCUGGUUCAAAACACCCAUGGCCCUAGCGCAGCACAACGAUGCCGUCAGAUCCAUGAACGCCAUGCUCAACCCCGAAGCAAGGGGGAGUCUGCCCACUAUUGCCUUCAACACCUUUGGGUCGCGCUUCAAAGCACCCGAGCUGAGCGAGGGCUUCCAGGAUAUUCUCGAGAUUGAGUUCGCUUUUCGGGGUUCCCGCGAAGAGUAUGCCGCCUGGGCCAAGUACUGGCUGUGAGGCGCCGCGGUCCUGUUUAGGUGCAUGUUUUGCGCCCGACGCAACACUGGAGAAAUGCCCACGGCCUCUCGUAUCGUACACCCACACGGCAGUUGCCAAUAAUGUCUAGUUCUCCGCACUCUGGUCCGUGGCCAGCUGGAGCAGGCGGCCAGAGCGUACAAGGUGCGAAGUAAUGCCUCGUACAAAUACACGGAGCGGCCUCGUCGAGCACCUGCCCUUGCCCUUUCCUCCUUCCCCAUCCGGUGCCGUUCCACGGAUGAGGGACAUGGGCCCAGGGCGGCCCGCGUGAUGCAAUUCAUGGGUGUCAGCGGCGGGCGGCUGCAGGAGGACAUCAGCCACGGCCGCGCCUGCACUUGGGUUAUUAAUAGCCCGCCUGUCAAUGUAACCCCUGCUGCAUCCAAUACAUGCAAAGCCAUGCUUGACGGGUGCCUCUCGUUGCUACCCACGCCUACCUUGGUUGAUCUCGGCCGCUACAGUCGAUUUUGUUCUUGCGGCGCAUGUGCAAGUGCCCGCGCACCAUCCCAUACAGAAGAGGAUGGAUCAGCGGUUGAGCAGGGCCCGAAAUGAACUGCCGUCCCGUCCCAGUCCGAAUACAGGACGCGCGCAGAUUCCCCAGGACCAUAGUG